UAAUGACGCCAAGAAAAAAGACGACGAAGAUUUUGACGCAUGCGCCGUGCCUCAGUAGUGUGGUACCCAAGUAGUGGCCCUUUAGCUGUGAGAAAUACGUGGCAGCAAGCUUUCGAUAUGGAAGCAUCUGCUCUGGUUGCCUUGACUUUGCUACUGGGCGCACUGGUUAUUCUGGUCGCAUUAGCAGUGGGAAGACGGAAGGAAGAAAUAAGAGAGGAAACGGAGCAGGCUGCGGAGUUUGCCGCUGAAGGCAGUGUUGUGAAGGGCGCUGCUUCCAAGAAACAGAAACAGGACAAGCAGCGCAGCCGUAAGGAUAAAGCUUCACAGCACAGUUUCAGCCACCCGCUGUUGGCAGCCUCAUUGAAGGGCCACAGUGGGAAUGUGACGUGCCUUGAUUUCAGCAGUAAUGGGAAGUACCUGGCGUCCUGUGCUGACGACCGCACCGUCCGCAUCUGGAGCACCAAAGACUUCCUGGAGCGGGAACACAAGUGUCUGAGAGCCAAUGUGGAGCUGGAUCAUGCUACACUGGUCCGCUUCAGCCCAGACUCUAGGGCUUUUAUCACCUGGUUGGCCAAUGGAGAUGCCAUUCGAAUCUUCAAAAUGAUCAAGAAGGAUGACGGCACUUUAAGCUUCAAAGCUAACGCUGAGGACUUCCCACAGAAACACAAAGCACCCAUCCUCAACAUUGGCAUUGCCGAGACAGGCAAGUUCAUCAUGAGCGCCUCCACCGACACCAGCAUCCACAUCUGGGAUCUGAAAGGAGACAUACUGGCCUCUAUCAACACUAACCAGAUGACCAAUUCUUAUGCUGCCAUCUCUCCGUGUGGCAGGUUUGUGGCGUCAUGUGGCUUCACCCCUGACGUGAAGGUGUGGGAGGUUUGCUUUGGGAAGGGAGGAGAAUUCAGAGAGGUGACGCGAGCUUUUGACCUGAAGGGCCACUCUGCAGGAGUUCACUCAUUCGCCUUUUCCAAUAACUCUCACAGAAUGGUGACCGUCUCCAAAGACGGUACAUGGAAGCUGUGGAACACAGAUGUGGAGUACAAAAAGCAGCAAGAUCCCUACCUCCUGAAGACAGUCCCCUGUGCGUCAUCUGAAGGUAGCCUGGUGACCUUGUCUCCUGACGGCCGGGUGGUGGCCAUCAGUGACGGCUGUAACGUUGCUUUGUACAACGCUGCCAGCGGCCAGCUGGAGGAGGAAAUGCACGGCGUCCACAGCGAGGAGAUCAACGACCUCAGAUUUGACAUUAGCGGGCGCUUCUUGGUGUGCAGCGGCGACAAGGCCAUCCGAGUGUUUCACAACGCCCCGGGCUACCGGGCAGCCAUCAGAGACAUGCAGGACAUGCUGAAGAAAGCCCAGAAUGAAGCCAUGAAGCAGAGACUGCAGCAGCAGAUAAAGGAGGCUCAGAGUGCCCUGGACACUGUGCUGGCUGGUCCUGUCGACUGAAGGAGCCCUAAGGAAACCACACUCUGAUAGUGAUCGUGUCAGACUCUUACUGCUGAUCUUUUUUGCAACCUCAACUCUCCCUCUGCCAUUAAAUGAUCCGGUCUGGGAUAAAUGGAAUUUGCAUGCAGUUUUAAUAAAGAGUAUCUUUUUAUGGAAAAAUAAA